AUGGAUGACUUUUUUGUGAGAAUCAAAGACCUGGAAAGCCAGCUUCAGAGUAAAAUGGAUGACACGAGAACCAUGCCAAAUGUGGCUUUUAAACUAAAUGACAGAGAACCUAAUGAUUUUGACUUUAAGAACAAAGCAGCAGGGAAAACAGUCAUGCUUAAACAUCCUGAAUCUGCUGCCAAACCCCUAACACCUAAACAUAGCCCUGAACUCACUGUGAACCACAAGGAAAGGAGCAAUUUGACUAAUGGAGAGGUUGAAGGUGUAAUUAAUGAUCACAGUCUAGUGCCGAGUUCCGAGGAGGAGUACUCUCUCCAGCCCGAGCUCCAGUCGGAGACAGGUGUCGGUGACGUUUUGCCUGAGAAGACACGAGGCCGCUCUAAAUGGGUCACGGAGUCUGAAGACGGUCGGUCAGGGCCUCGCUCUCGCCGCCGGAGGAGCUGGCUCUGGAACCAGUUCUUUGUGAUCGAGGAGUACAGAGGACCCGAGCCUGUGCUCAUCGGACGGCUGCACACAGACAUGGACAAAGGAGACGGUCGCACCAAGUACAUGCUGGAAGGAGAGGGAGUGGGCUCCGUGUUUGUUAUUGACAGCAACACAGGCAACAUACACGUCACCAAGUCUCUGGACCGCGAGGAGAAGGACCAGUACCGCCUCGUUGCGACAGCUACAGACCGUCAGACUGGCCGAGCCCUGGAGCCCUCCUCUGAGUUUAUCAUCAGAGUGCAGGACAUCAAUGACAACCCUCCCAUCUUCCCCAAUGAAGCCUACGUUGCCAUGGUGCCGGAGAUGGCCAACAUCGGAACUUCCAUAAUCCAAGUCACAGCCAGAGAUGCUGACGAUCCAACAUAUGGAAACAGCGCCCGGCUGGUGUAUGCCAUAACUCAGGGCCAGGACUAUUUCUCUGUGGAUCCUCAGACAGGCGUCUUGCGGACAGCCGUACCUGACAUGGACAGAGAGACUCAGGAUGAAUAUCUGGUCGUCCUCCAGGCCAAAGACAUGGGGGGGCAUCUGGGCGGAUUAUCAGGGACUACAACCGUCACUGUGAAACUGAGCGAUGUCAACGACAACCCCCCUCACUUCAGACGGAGUGCAUGGUCAUUCUCUGUCUCCGAGCUAGCAGCACCAGGUGUGGAGGUGGGCCGUCUCACUGCCACCGAUCCUGAUCUGGGAGAAAAUGCACAGCUGGAGUUUACUAUCCUGGACACGGAGGAGGCCGAAAUAUUCAAUAUAACCGGAAGAGACCGAGAGGCCGUCAUUGUUCUGAACAAGCUGCUGGAUUAUGAGACCCGCAGUUCAUACACUUUCUCCGUGGAAGUUGCCAACCCUAUAGUGGAUGCCCGGUACCUGAGGAAAGGUCCCUUUAAGGACCAGGCAACAGUCCGGGUCAUGGUCCUCAAUGCUGACGAGCCGCCGCGAUUCUCCCAGGCCCGGUACCAUCUGGACGUGUCCGAGAACUGCCCCCCUGUCUGCUCCGUUGGCCGGGUCUAUGCUGUGGACCCGGACACAGGACAAAGCACCAACAUCAGGUACUCCAUCGAUCCCCAGUCAGACCCCGAGGCUCUGUUCCGCAUCGCCUCUGACACAGGUUUUAUCAGCACAGUGAUGGAGUUGGACCGUGAGCAGGAGCAGUGGCAUAAUAUCACUGUCAUCGCUACACAGAGGGGUAUGUCAGCCCCUCUGCCCUCGGGCGCUAUGAGCAGCGGAGCUUACCAGACUCAUAUUUCACCGAAAGCACCGCCUGGAGUUCGGAACACAAAGUGUGGCAUAUAAAUGAUAGAAAUUUAGUGAUAAUUUCAACAUUACUGUUGGUUCCCCUUUCUUUCAGACAAUCCAAAUCUUGUGUCAAGGGUUGUGGUUGCCAUAGAGACUCUAGACCAGAAUGACAAUGCACCAGAGUUGGACAGGCAGUACACAACAUCUGUAUGUGACUCCAGCGCCCCCGGUCAGGUAGUUCAGGUUCUGCGAGCCAUUGACAGGGACCACGGAGGGCAGGACACCCCGGUCCACUUUAGCAUCCCUCCAGAGUCCAGCUCUGCACUCAACCUCACUAUCAGGGAAAGUGGAGGUGUGACAGCCAGCCUGGUGCUCCAGUCGGCCUUGGAGCCCCUCCCUGGCUUCUCCUCAUCCUUACUCACCCUCUACGUGCCAGUUGUGCUACGUGACGGGGCCUCUGGUCUGACCAACACUGGCACGGUCACUGUGACCAUUUGUCCCUGUCUUCGAGGGGGCAUGCAGACAGAGGACAGGGGGAGACAGAGGGACAGGAGGUGGGAGAGACACAUGGUUUGUCUGCCCGUGCCGUCUGCCUCUCCAUCUCUCAUAUUCAGCCUGGUCACCUUACUGGCCAUGCUGGCUUGUGUCACCACUCUGCUGGUGGUGUGUGCACUCUCGCUGUCAUUGCGCCAUCAGAAGCGAGACUCCCACUCACCCUUCGAGGAGGAUGAUGUCAGGGAGAACAUCAUAUCCUAUGAUGAUGAAGGGGGAGGGGAAGCGGACACCGCAGCGUUUGACAUUACGGCGCUGCAGAGCAUGCACAGAAUGCAGCACAUGCACAACAGAAACAUAUGGUACACCCAGCAGAAUCCGCCGAGGGCCAGGACGUACAGCUGGAGCCGUAACUCGCGCCCCAGCUUGGACCCUCAGCAGCGGCCCGGCUCAGCUCCGCUCUACGGACGUCUCUGCUACGGCAUCCACACUCUGCCUGUUCUCAGAGAUUAUCCAGCUGGGCCACUGGAGGCAGGUCUGCAGCUAACGCAGCUGACCCAUGGGCUCACCGGAGGUCAUAUCGGCAAUUCCCUUGUCAUCCAGAACCAGAGCACCUUUGAGCCUCUACUGCACUCUCCUGAGAUGAGCUCUGGUAGUUAUGAAGCAGAACACAUGCUGGAGAAGAGCAAAAUUACCGACAGAAAUGAAGGCAGCGAAGCAGACGCAGCUGAUAGAAAAGAGGAUCAGGAUCAGGCCAAGGCAAACCCAACGGAAGCAGAGUCGACAGCAGCCAACAACACAGUGAACCUGACCUACUGUGACCCAAAUGAGUCUUCAUGCCAAAGUCACACCAGCUCCUCAUCAAACCAACAAGAGGGGCGACCGGGGUCAUCGCAGACUCAGCUCAGCACAGGAGCCACCAGCUGCACAGUCGAUGACAUUGACACUGAUUCCUCCAUUCCCUCCGUCUCGGAGCAAAAUUUUUCAAAUGGCGGUCAGAUCAACUCUGUAAACGCUCCUGUUUACCUGAAAGGAGACACGUACAGCAUUGUGGGCUCGCUGAAUCCAAACAGCAGAGGGACGUGUAUGAACGGGACCAGCAGCGGCGGGUUGUACCCAGCGGGGGUGCAGCUACUGAACAUGUGCAGACUCCAGAAAAAAGAUUCGACCCCACAGCCUUUGCCCUUACCUGGGGGUGUGUUUGGCAACAACAGAGGCUGGCUGCUGGGGGCGGAGACUGCGAGAACAGAAGCUGCCAACCCGCAGCCUCUCCGCAUGGAAGACCUUCUGAAUUUCCGUCUGGAUCAGGUCACCUUUGACCUGUCGCAGCCGCCCUACGACUCGCUGCAGACUUAUGAGUUUGAGGGCCGUGAUUCAAGGGCUGAGUCACUGAGCUCACUGGAGAGCGAUGGAGAGAAGGACGAGGGGAGAGCGGUGGGAGGGAUGGAGGAGUUAAACCAGAAGUUUCAGAGGCUGGUGGAGAUCAUCCGAGAGAGGGAGAAGGAGAAGGGAGGAGAGACGCGAGCAGCCGAGGGAGGUGAGACAGCAGAGCCUGCUCUAUCUGAGACUCAUAAACAAAUGGAGGACAAAGAAAAAGCACAGCAGAGAUGGGAUUUCUAG